CUAGUGAAUACAUUUCUCUGUCCUUUUAUCUUCCUUUAUCUCCAGUGCAUCCUGUGAGAGUUCGAGCGUUCCCUCUCAAGACCAUGGCGGAAGCCAUAGUCUUAGCGUCUACGACACCAGUGAAGCUUCAACUGUUCUUCCAUACCGGAAGAAUAUGUACGAGAGCGUUCUGCCUCUCCUCCCCUUGGACUUUUACUUAUCCACAAUGUUCUCCAUCUUUCAUUCUUCGUCUCUUCCAUCGCAAAACCCCUCCUUUCUGCUUUCGCUCCAAGGCCACACUCACUAUACCAUCUAUGAACAAAGUCCCAGUUGUCAGUGAAGGGAAGGGGCCAGAAGAAACUCGCUUAAUCUGCCCUGGGUGCGGUGUCUUUAUGCAGAACUUGAACUCCAAUCUCCCCGGCUUCUACCAGAUGCCAUCCGGUUCUGUUCAGCGGAGGGAUGACAUUUCCGAAGAUUUUCCCCUUGAUUCCAAUGAGUUCAUGGAGGAAUUGGUUGAAGAAUUUGAGGAUUCUUCUUCAAAAGUUGAUAUUGGGUCAGAAAUUGACGAUCUUUCUGAUGAAGAAUAUAGCGGGAUCGAUUGGGAUUCGGAUUGGAACAUUGAGGAAGACGAAGAGAGUAAGCGAAAGGAGGAAUUGGAUGGAUUCGCCCUUCCUGGUGUUGGGUAUGGAAAUAUUACAUCUGAGACGCUGAAGAAGUUGAAGAAGGGGCAGAUUUCAAAGGCCGAAAAGAAGAAAAUGAUGAGAGAGGCAAAGAGGGAAGAAUCAGAUUACUCUGUCACUUUCUGUGCCCGCUGUCACUCUUUGAGGAAUUAUGGCCAAGUCAAGAACCAAAAAGCGGAUAAUCUAAUCCCAGAUUUUGAUUUCGACCGUUUAAUAUCCGCUAAACUUGCUAGAUCAUCAAGCAAUUCUCCAGUGGUAGUUAUUGUUGUUGAUUGUGUUGAUUUCGAUGGCUCAUUUCCGAAACGAGCUGCAAAUUCUUUGUUCAAGGCCUUGGAGGUAUCCAUGAACCGUUCAAAGAUGACCAAGUUGCCAAAGCUUGUCCUUGUUGCAACCAAAGUUGAUCUUCUACCCCAACAAAUAUCUCCAGCAAGGUUGGAUAAGUGGGUUCGGCGCCGUGCAAAGGCCGCAGGAGCCCCCAAGCUUAAUGGUGUUUACCUAGUGAGUGCUCGGAAGGAUCUUGGUGUCAGAAAUUUACUUUUUUUCAUCAAGGAAUUGGCAGGGCCACGAGGUAAUGUAUGGGUGAUUGGGGCACAAAAUGCAGGGAAGUCUACAUUGAUCAAUACAAUUGCGAGGAAUGAAGGGGUGAAGGUGACAAGGAUAACAGAGGCUUCCGUGCCUGGUACUACUUUGGGAAUUUUAAGGAUUGUUGGAAUUUUGCCAGCCAAAGCAAAGAUUUAUGAUACUCCCGGUCUUUUGCAUCCAUAUCUUAUGACAAUGAGGCUAAACAGAGAGGAGCAAAAGAUGGUUGAAAUAAGGAAGGAGCUGCAACCACGGACUUACAGGAUUAAGGUAGGACAGACGGUUCAUGUAGGUGGCCUGAUGAGAUUAGACCUAAUUGAAUGUUCCCUAGAAACGAUCUAUAUCACUGUAUGGGCAUCGCCAUAUAUUUCUCUGCAUAUGGGAAAAAUAGACAAUGCGGAAGAGCUACGAAGCAAGCAUUUUGGCAUCAGACUGCAGCCUCCAAUUGGACAGGAUCGAGCAACUGAAUUGGGUGAGUGGGAAGCAAGAGUGUUCAAUGUUUCUGGAAGUACCUGGGAAGUAAACAGCGUGGACCUAUCAGUUUCAGGACUUGGAUGGUUUUCUCUGGGACUAAAAUGUAAAGCCACUGUGGUACUGUGGACCUUUGAAGGCAUUGAGGUGACGGAGCGAGAGCCUUUGAUUUUGGAUAGAGCUCCUUUUCUUGAGAGACCUGGAUUCUUAUUACCCAAGGCUGUAUCAGUUGCCAUUGGCAACCAGGUCAAGAUGGAGGCAGAAGCUAGGAAGAAGAAAGUAGAAGAAGAGGAUGUGUAUUUGGAAGCAAGCUUAUGAAAAUAAUAUUCAGCUUCUGCUGGAACGUUGUUUUGGAUGUGAAUGGGAAAGCUUUUCACCAAAAGUAAUUUUAGGCUGCGACCAUAUAAUUUAAUAUCUACAGCUGAAGCCUGUGAGGUACUUCCUCUUUUGAUGGAAACAUAAAAUGAUGAUGCGAUGUUGUGCUUAAUUGUUCUGUAAGUCAACUACAUCUAUCUAUACGAUCUGACAUUAAGAUUAUUGCGGAGCUCCAAUGAGAGAAGAUUAUGAGAAUGUCCGCCCCCCCAAACAACCCAAAAAAAAAAAAAAAAAACAGAAGAUUAUGGGGUGAUUUGUCAUUGAGUGCUAAGCUUUGAAGUGAAAUUACUUGGUUGAGACAUUGGUCGUUGAUUGUUUAUAUUGCCUCGCCUUCAAAUAUUUGAUCCUAUUUUUUAUUGCUUUGCA